GUCGAUGUCCUGCCGCUUUGUUAGCCAGUCUCGGAUGUACGGCGGCCCGCCGCGCCAUUCAAAACCUCGCCACCGAUGCGACACUACCGUUCUCAAAAUUUCGAAAAAUUCGAUUUUGGUCCCCGCCAUUAUCGCUAUUCCACACACGUUUAGUGCCUAGGCCGUCCGCCGCGACGCGCCACUGACACAUUUCUGUUGAUUUGCGCGCCGUUUGAAUUUAGAAUAGUUUCACAUUUGUUUUUUUUUUUGACAAUUCGGUGUUUUGGACAUUUUAUUAGUGCCAGUACCACGUGCAUCACGGACGGGAUUAUAGUGAUUACAAAGGCUGUGUGAUUUGUUUUCUUGGAGUAUCCUAACAAGAUGGAGUUAAGGCGACACAGAACGGGCGGCACUUCUUUCCUCACAUUCUGGAUAUUCUUGCUACAGAUGUUAGGUAGCGCGCGCCGUGGUGCCGAAGGUCACGGGCGGUUGAUGGACCCACCAGCUCGCAACUCCAUGUGGCGGUUCGGUUUCCCCAAUCCCGUCAAUUAUAAUGACAACGAGCUCUUCUGCGGGGGAUAUGCUGUCCAGUGGGAGCAGAACGAAGGUAAAUGCGGGGUAUGUGGAGACGCCCACCACAUGCCCGAGCCUCGGCCCCACGAAGCUGGUGGUAUGUACGGGAAAGGUAUUGUCACCAGGCAUUACAGUGUCGGCCAGGAAAUCGAAGUAGAAGUGGAGUUGACUGCAAACCAUCUCGGGACGUUCGUAAUGAAGUUGUGCCCAAACAAUAAUCCCAAGCAAGAAGCCACCCAGGAAUGCUUUGACAGAUUCCCAUUGUAUGUAUCGGAAACGAGAGAAGAUAGGUUCCUCAUCCCAUUGGACACUGCCAAGAAAGAGAUCUUCAGGUAUCGGGUGCGGUUGCCUCCUUACAUCACAUGCACGCAGUGUGUGCUACAGUGGACUUAUUAUACUGGAAAUAUGUGGGGAGUGUGUGCCAAUGGCACAGAGGCAGUUGGAUGUGGUCGCUCAGAGACAUUUAGGAACUGCGCUGAUGUCAGCGUGGUGACCAGCACCGGUGGUCUUCCUCCUGCCUUCGCUGGAGACCUCAGGAGGGACUAUCCCUUCUUACUGUACUACAGGGACUAUAACAUGCCCAGAAAUGUCUACCCUCUCGUCGUCAGACAAAAACUGAUGGAUAUCCGAAAGGAAUCGUACGUUAUUAGCAACGAUAUUGAUACAGAAUCUGUGGAGGAAUUUGUUCCACCGAUCAUUAGGGACCAAGUAUGUGUGCCGAGUAAAGCCUUCAGAAAGCUCCCUGGUAUGCUGAGCUGGUGCCAGACGAACUGUCUGCGGUACCCGCCCAACUGUCCUGAAGAGUUGUGUACUUGCCCGCAAGUGUGCGAAGCUAUCGGCGAGCUGGAAGGUCGCGAGGGAGCUGACGUUUACUGCAUGGACCAGUGCAUCGUGUACCCCCCACAUUGUCCCGCAAACCGGUGCAGCUGCUACUAGGAUCUGAACAUUGAGCUGCUUUCGAAAACUUUGAAAGCCAAUUUGUCAUAAAUAAAAAAAAAAUGUAAAAAAGACACAGUUCCUUUAUUUUUCAAAGUAGCUCAUUAUUGUAAACAUUUGUAUAAUAUUACUUUUAUAAACUUUACUAUUAUUUUUAUUAAAGUCGAAUCCCUCACUUGUCAGAAACAUUUUGACAGCUGAGUGAUUGACUAUGAAAAUUAUUUGAUUUUCCUCAAUGCUCCAUUUGAGGGUUAUUGAUGCACAUUUUUUUAUUACGAUUAUAGAUGUCUAAAAUCAAUCCCGGAAAAGAUAAAAAAAUCGCAAUAAAUAUUUUUUAUGAAUAAAGUUUUUUAAUUUGGAUAGGUAGGUAAUUUACUACCGGGUCAGAAUUAGAUAUGUUAUUGAAGAUUAAAAUAUUGUAUCGAUAAUAAAACUGUACAGAUUUAGGAUAUUAUUUAAGCACAUUAUACCUGCUAUAGGUGCCGGUGUUAAGAAAAGUUUGCCAUAUUACAUGAUCAUGUGCCAGAAUAUAGCUUGUAAGAUUUAGACAUUUUUGUUUAGUUCCAAUUAUUUUUGUAAAAAUAAAAUACCUGCCUACUCUUAAAUAAAUGUAUGUAAAUGUG